UCAGGCAUAGGGAGGGCGUACAAAUGAACCCAAACUGCGCUAACAUCAACGUGGUGGCCGACCUGUACGCGGAGGUGGUCGGGGUGCUGGCGCAGUCUCGCUUCCAGAGCGUACGGCGGCGCUUCAUGCUCGAGCUCAAGGAGCUCAGGAGCAAAGAGUCUAGUGCGCACACUACGCAUAACAUCAUGGCUCUGCUUAUGGGCAUGAAGUUCUUCAGGGUUAAGGUGAGACAAACGAGCUUAAUGAGUCUAGUGCGCACACUACGCAUAACAUCAUGGCUCUGCUUAUGGGCAUGAAGUUCUUCAGGGUUAAGAUGGUUCCUAUCGAGGAGUUCGAGGCAUCCUUCCAGUUCCUGCAGGAGUGCGCGCAGUAUUUCCUCGAGGUGCGCGACAAGGACGUCAAGCACGCCCUCGCCGGCCUCUUCGUCGAGAUCCUCGUCCCCGUCGCCGCCGCUGUGAAGAACGAAGUGAACGUUCCUUGUCUAAAGAACUUCGUGGAGAUGCUGUACGCGAGCACCCUGGACACCGCCACCAAGAACAAACACAAGCUCGCCAUCUUCCCGCUCCUGACCUGCCUGCUGUGUGUCUCGCAGAAGAGCUUCUUCUUGUCCAACUGGCAUUACUUCCUGACCAUGUGCCUCCAGCACCUCAAGAACAGGGACCCUAAGAUGGCCAGGGUCGCGCUAGAGUCGCUGUACCGCCUGCUGUGGGUGUACAUGAUCCGCAUCAAGUGCGAGAGCAACUCUGCGACGCACUCACGCCUCGCCAGCAUCGUCAACUCCCUCUUCCCCAAGGGCUCCAAGACCGUCGUGCCCCGCGACACGCCCCUUAAUAUCUUCGUCAAGAUCAUACAGUUCAUCGCGCAG